AACACAACCGCAUUUUGUAAUGUAGGUGAUGUAGCAAACGAAACUACAGUAUCAUUCAUAUACGCCCCACCACUGGAAUGUGGUCCCCUCUAAAAAAAACCCUCAGAAAUACCGAUACCGGAUGCUUUCUGAAAAUGUAAUUUAUUGGUGGUGUUACAAUGUAAUCGCACUGUAACAAAUGUUUAGAAUCGAAUCUAAUCAUUUUCCUGUUCAAGCAUAUGACGUCACUAUAGUUGUUUGGGAGAAGAAAAAUACAAGCUUUGCUACCACUGUUCAGCCUUACCGGUGUUGAAACAUUUUAUGACACUGUGAAUAACCCUGCGUUAUUACAAUGUCCACUCCGGCCAGAAGACGACUUAUGAGAGACUUCAAAAGGCUGCAAGAAGACCCACCAACCGGUGUCAGUGGGGCUCCCUCAGAAAACAACAUAAUGUUAUGGAACGCGGUUAUUUUUGGACCUGUGGGUACACCAUUUGAGGAUGGAACAUUUAAGCUUGUGAUAGAAUUUUCAGAAGAAUACCCCAAUAAGCCUCCUACCGUUAGAUUUAGCUCCAAAAUGUUUCAUCCAAAUGUUUAUGCAGAUGGAAGUAUAUGUUUAGACAUUCUACAAAAUCGCUGGAGCCCCACCUAUGAUGUGUCCUCCAUUCUUACAUCAAUUCAGUCUCUGUUGGAUGAGCCAAACCCCAAUAGCCCAGCCAAUAGCCAGGCGGCCCAGCUUUAUCAAGAGAACAAGCGGGAAUACGAGAAGCGAGUGUCUGCCAUUGUGGAGCAGAGCUGGGUGGACUCGUAACACCACACUGCAUAGUGUGCCUCCUCAUUCUUAUAUAUAUAAAAAUACUUCAGUUUCAUUUA